AAAGUUGCUUUGCUCGUUGUUGUGUCCAUAACUCAGCGUGGUUUGUUUGCUUAGACAGUUAAAGGCACAGAUUGCUGUUUAUAGAGCGUCGUUAGAAAAACAUACGACAUCCCAAAUUAAUGUGAGGGAGGCUCAAGGGCGCUCGUCAGCUGCUCCUGUUGGUGUGACCAGUGACCCUCACAGCGACAUGGCCAUGCACCCCUUUGGCAGAGAGGCCGAGACGUCCCUGCAGGACCUGUUUGAGUACUUCAGACGGUGCCUGCAGCAUGGAGAGUGGGAGCUGGCCAGUGCCUGUGUGCCUCAGCUGGUGAACUCAACAGGGCGACUCUCAGAGCAUCUGCAGGACAUAGUCCGAGCUGUCGUGUGCCAUCCUUAUGUUUUACAAUGGGAGUCCGUGGGCAGUCCACACAAACUGGCUUGGUUUUGGCUUCAAGUGUUGGAAAAAUGGUCAAAAGAGCAGGUUUCUCCAGUCGUCAGAAGAGAGCUGGAGUUCUUGCUGCUCCUGGAGGAGCUGGGGGCAGAUGACAUACCGGAGACUGCUCUCAAGGAGCUGCACCAGGCCUUCUUGGAUACCCAGUCCGAGCCUAAGGACCCCGGGGGGUCGAGGACAUCAGAUGCUGCUGUUGAGUCUUGCCUCCGAUCUUUGUUGGAGAAAAAGAGACCCAGACUGGCCCACGUUUUAGCACAUUUCUUACAGGGCCAAGAAGGCCACACUCUGCAGCACACCUUCAUCCGAUACCUGAUGGAGAAACUGGCGAGGCCGGAGAGGAGCCCUGGGAAGGCGGAGGAGUGGGUGGAGGAGAUAUACGCUGUCCUGGCUGUGAUGCCGUGGAGCUCUGAGACGGGGGGCGGACAGUUGGAGGCGCUGUGCGAGGCGCUGUGGGCGGCCAGAGACGGCCCCCUGAAAGAGGAGAGGGUCCUGAGCUCGCUGCUUCGCCCCCAGUGUGACACCCUGGUCUCCACAUACUGCUCCACGGCUCUGAGGCUGCAGAGGGACCACCUGCUGAGGAGCACACCUGACACACAAGCUGACCUCCCUGAAGCAGAGAAAUUGACCCUCAGCUUGUGUUGCCACGGUGAUCGUCCAUCCAUUUGGAAGACGAUCUAUUUUGAGUGCCUUAGUAGUGGAAAGCACUUCCUUGAGCAGGUCUUGGUAACUGCUCUGGACUUGAUAAAGCACGAGGAGUUCUCCAGGCUGAAAGACCUGCUGAAGUUGGAGUUUCAGCCCCUGUCCCGUCUCCUGUUGCUCCUGGGCUGGACUCAGUGUCGCAGCCUGAGCUCAGCCCAAACUCUGCUGCACAUCCUGCACCACGAGCAGGCACCGGCCAGUGACUCUGUUCUGCAGGACUUUGCCAAUCUUUUGUCCUCUCAGCUCGGCAUACUUGAGUGGUCUAAAAACAACAAUCCAGGGAUUUCCAUGGAGGCAUUACUGGCACAGCUUCACACUCUGGACAAUCACUCAGCUUUGUAUAUUCUGCACUCUCUGACCCCUCUGGCUCAGUUUGAAGAGCGCAGGGUGCUUGAUCUCCUGCAACAACUGCCAAAAUCACCAGAAACGGGGGACACCGAGGCCAUCAGCACCCCCAGCCCGGCUGUGCAGAGGAACAUCGUUUUGUUCCAGGGCUUCUGUGCCAUGAAGUAUGCCCUCUAUGCCCUCUGUGUAAAUGCACACAAAUACUCAAACUGCACAGAGUGUGACCACAUGCAGCCAAAGCAGCAGCCCUCUGAGGCACAAGGGGACCAGAGCCAGAAUUCAGAAGGUUGUCACCCACUGUUCCAGCACUACCUGUCUGAGUGCCAGCUCUAUCUGGAGGCCGUUCCUGCCAUGUUUCGCCUUGAGCUUCUGGAAAACAUCUUCUCCCUCCUCUUCCUGUCCAACGCUGACUUUGUCCAGCAGACCCACAAGGACACAAAUGCAAACACAGGGAACACCACACAGACAGAACAUUUCGCAGAUGCAAAGAACAAAAAUGUGGACCUGGGAAGUAAAACACAGAUUGAUGGAGACAAGGAUGUCAGGAGAGAGAGCCAGCAGCUGCCUGCAAAUUUCACAGCAGCAGCCCACCCCAGUUACCUGGACCUGGGACACUUUGUCCACGGCUGCAGGGGGUUUCUUGUGGACAUCACGGCCAUGGAGGGCAUCCUAAAGCUGCUGAAAGAGGGGCUGGAGGGAAUGUGUGUGGUGGGCCAGCAGGAAGGGCAGGAGGAGGGACGAGCUCUACCAGGAGAGGCCGAGGUGGCGGAGAGCCUGGGCUGUUCAGUGACUGCUGAGACAUUUGGGGCUCGCCUGCAGAGACUGUCCAAGCGCACUGCAGAGGCUCAGUGGAGGCUGCAGAUCAUCACCAGCAAUCAGGGUAGUGAAAGUGGUUCAGAGAGGCCUGUCCCUACAUCGGCAGUCAGCCGUCCCGCUCCCCCUCUGGGCCGGAGCAACAGCUCCAGCCUGAGGAGGAGGAGGAGAGUGGGGAGACACAGUCUUGAGAAACAAACCUCAAUAGAGAGACAUAAUGGAGAGGUUAGCGCCAGCACAUCAGAUGGUGGAGGAGCGGUGGGAGUGGGCGGUGUGGACUGUGAGGUUUGUCCAUGUGGGGGUCCACACAGCUGGCUGGUCCCCGCCAUGCUGUCGCCUCCAGAGUCUCUGCUCAUGUCAUGCAUCCGGAGAGGAAACUUCAUGGAGGCGCGUCAGGUGUCUCUGGUGUUCGGUCUGGAGGCCUCAGCGUGUUGUGGGGAGCUGGUGUUUAUGGAGCGCUACAAGGAGGUCCUGGUGGAGCUGGGCCGGGUGGAACAGAAGAUGGAGACCCAGUCCAUGUCUUCAUCCUCCUCCUCCUCAGAAGGCGUGGGCUCAGUGCCGGGGGCCGGCACAGGGAGGAGCCGGCUGGGCAGCAGCGGGCGGUCCACCCUGCAGGCCAUUGAAAGUGCUGCUGCUGCUGGCAUGGCCUUCUACUCCAUCUCAGACAUAGCAGACCAGCUCCUCAGCACUCCCAGUCAUCCCAUGCCCUCGUUGGAGGAAGGUUACUGGAUGAGCCGUUGUACUCCAGACCCCUCCGGCCUCCUGUACACACUGCUGGAGGAGCUAAGCCCAGCAGCCAUGGCAGCAUUUGACCUUGCCUGCUGCCACUGCCAGCUUUGGAAAACAUCCCGACAGCUGCUGGAUACAGCGGAGCGUCGGCUGAACAGCAGCCUGGAGGCACGAGGGCUGCGAGUCGAUCCCAAAGUUCCCCACUCUGAGGGGGUCUGUGGGUUUCCUAUGGUACUACAACAGAUCAGCAAGAUCCUGAAUCAUUCAGCCACCAAUAAAGGCUCUGUCAAAGCAGAAGCUGCAGGGGAAGACCAAGUAGUUGCAAGCCCGUUUGGCUGCUGCAUUCAAGAGGUGCUGCUGUGUUGCUACCCGACACUGAGUGAGGAGGCCAUCGCCGCGCUGCUCGGUUUAGCUCAGCGCUUGGAGCACACGCUGCACAAACUGAGCACUGCUACAGAUGGCACAGUUUCUUCUGCAGUUAAAGAGGGCGGUGUGGGAAGCGUUCUGUUGGCAGCGUUGGUGGAGCAGGCCGGUCUGAAGCAGUCGGAGCUGGACUCGCACCCUGUUCGCUCCAGUAUGAAGCAGCUGCUCCGCUCGCUGGACCAGCUCUGCCCCUUCGAGCCAGACGGAGAGCUCGCAAGACCAGACUACGUGCGCAGCUUCUUCGACUAUGUCAACACACUAGCAUCUGUGCUAGUGCGCAGCCUCAGUUCAGAGGACCAAACCAGUGAAGUGAAACUGGGGAACCCUCUGCUGGUGUUGCUUCAAGCCCCCUCUCAGCUGCUCUCCCACCUGCUGUUUGACAGACAGGUGUCUCCUGACAGGGUUUUGUCACUGCUGCAGCAGGAAGGUCUGCGGCUGAGCGUGCAGCAGGUGAUCAUCCAGCGAUGCUGUGAGACACUGCCGGUGUGGGUGUCCUGCCCAGGCUCUGAGCAAGAGACUGCUCAGGCCAAGAAAGGAGACGGAGUGUUUUGUGUGACCAGUUUGACAGCCCUGCUGCAGCAGCAUGCCCAGGAACACAUGCCAACACUGGGGGUGACGGAGCCUCAGCCUGAACCCUGCUCUGAAUCUGAGGCCCCACCGGAAGAUCUCUCUGCCACACCCACUAACCUUUCCACUUCUCCGCCCUCUGUUUCAUCAUCUGCCUCGUCCUCUAAUUCUUCAUCAAACUCUUUGCUCCUCACCUCAUCGGCCUUGUCCUUCUUGAAGUCUCGCUGCCCUUUACUGGCAACCCUGGCUUGUCUGAGCGCCUGCAAGGGAGAAACAGCCCGGACGCAGCCCUCAGGCUGGUCAGGCUAUUUCCGCAGUGGGCGAAAGGAGGCGGUGCUUGAUGUGGAGCAGAUUUCUCAUGAAGGCAAUUGCCUACUGAAGGAGUUCCCUAUUCUUCGGGCUUACCUUCAGACCAUGGCUGAACCAGUUUUAGGCAUACAGUUCGUUGCCAAUGAAGAGGCCACUGGUGGACUGGGGGCGGCUGUCUGUGGUAAACCCCUUGUCAGUCUCCUGCUGUCUGGGCCUCACGGAGACAUUGCCCAGACUGUGGCUGCUGAGGCCUUCCAGCAGGCGCUUGCCUGCAAAGACCUGGGCCGGGCUCUGAGCCUGCUGGAGCUGUAUGGGCAGGGCUGUAGCCAGGAGGGGGUGCUAAGAGACCGUUUGCUCGCCUGUGCUGCUCUGGAAGAUGGAGAUGCAGGUAUACAUCAGCUGUUCCGUGUACAGGACCCUAACCUGCGAGCUCGAGUUGCCCUCCAGUCCCUGGAGCGCUGGCCUCUGUCGUCCUGUCUGGAGCUGCUUGAGUUCUGCCUCAAUGACCCAAACACAGAUCCCUCACUGAGGACAGAUUUAGAGCUCAGAAAGAAAGAACUGGACAUCUAUCGCUGGGUGCUGAAUCUGCAGCCUCCCUUGCCCUGGGCUACAUGGCAGGAGUUGAUGACAGAGUCUAAAACAAACUCUGAGUCUGUGUUCUCUAUGAUGCUGGAUGCUGGGGAGUUUGCCCUGUGUGCACAGUGGGUGGAGCUGUAUCCUGUAUCUGACCAGCUCAGACUGCAGCUACAGACCGAGCAUCUGCUUCAUCUGUUGGAGAAGGGACAGACAGAGGAGGCUUUCCAGCUACUUGAGGGCCUUCCAGAUUUUGCGGUCGGCUUGGAGGUUUGUGAGCGCGCCCUGGAUCGUCGUCCUGGAUUGGCUGCCUGUCACUUCCUGGCUGACUACCUCACUCUGCAUUUCCAGAGCCAAGUGUCACCAGCGAGGCGACGCCACAUCCACGCCCUUCAUCUGGGCUCCAAGGUGCUGCUGACUCUGCCCCCGACAGCCAGGCAGGACUACUUCCCCUUGCUGUCAGAGCCUCUGCUAAUGCUGGAGCAGCUGCUGAUGAACCUGAAGGUGGACUGGGCGGAUGUGGCCGUCCGAAACUUGCGCAGCCUGCUGGUCGGCCAGGAAGCUGGCUUUACCACUGAGGACAUUGAUAAACUUCUCUUAGACUAUGCCUGCAAAGCCCUUGACUUCCCAUACGCCCCUAGAGAGAAGUCUCGAUCAGAUUCAGUUAUCAGCCUGCAGGAUGCACUGCUGCAGUGUCCUGCUCAGGACAUCUGCUACCCAUCGCCCAGCCGAGUCGAAUCUCCGACAGCUUCUGCAGGCAGCACCCCGACACACACUCCUUCCUCCAGCAGCACAGAGAGAGAGAAAGAUCGAGGCUCGGCAAGCAGAAAAGGCCGCUCGCCUGGCAAAUUCCAGCCUCCAGAAAGCCCGCCCGCCCGCAAAGACUGGAUCCCUGACACCCAGCAGCAUGUCUGCAUGGUCUGCAAGCGCGAGAGGUUCACCAUGUUUAACAGACGGCACCAUUGUCGGCGAUGUGGUCGUCUGGUAUGUCAUGCCUGCUCUGAGAAGAAGAUGCCUGUGGACGGAUGCCCCGAGGAGGAAGUCAGAGUCUGCGACCAGUGUUAUGCCUACUUCCACCCGGAUUCUGAUGAUGAGCUGGAACAGGCAGAAGUGGCCGGUAGCCCUGUGGUGACAGAGGAAGCCCUAGACGGGAUGCUGCAUCUACCUGAGGUGGUGCAGCAACAGAUGCAACUCAGCACAAACCCUACAGAGAACCAGCUGCUGCGGAGCGAGUUCUACUAUGAACAGGCUCCCAGUGCGUACCUCUGCGUGGCCAUCUUGGCUCUGCACAGUGACCAAACAGCCUGCGGGCACCAGCUCAUCAGCCACUGCCGCUCCUUGUCUCGCAAGCUGACCAACCCGGAGGUGGACGCCUGCCUGCUCACCGACGUCAUGCGCCAGCUGCUGUUCAGCGCCAAACUUAUGUUUGUGAAGGUUGGCCGCAGCCAGGAUCUCGCCUUGUGCGACAGCUACAUCAGCAAAGUAGACGUGCUUAAGAUUCUCGUGACGGCCAAUUACAAAUACAUCCCUUCUCUGGAUGAUAUUUUGGAAACCACUGCUGUCACACGUCUGCGUAACCAGCUGCUGGAGGCAGAAUACUACCAGCUAGCUGUGGAGGUGUCUACGAAGAGCGGUCUGGAUCCCAGUGGGGUAUGGCAUGCAUGGGGCAUGGCCUCUCUCAAGGCAGGGAACCUGUCAGGAGCCCGGGAAAAGUUCACCCGCUGUCUGAAGGCCCCGGUGGACCGCGGCCAGCUGAACCUGGGUCCCUGUCUGCUGCAGGAGAUUGUCCAGCACCUGGAGUCCACUGUUCGACCAACCCUGGCCACGUCUUUUGGUGAGGACAUCUUGGCGUCACUGCGGGAGCUGGAGGAGGCCCUCAGUGAAAGCAUGCCGGUGGACCAACCAGAGGGACAGAGCCUGAACAGCAGCCUCCACCAGGAGUGUCUCUACUACUUGAACACAUAUGGCACUCAUCUGGCCCUAGUCAGCUUCUACAUGCGUCAUGACUGCAUGACUGAGGCUGUGACACACCUGCUGAACAAGGACUGCCCAGAGGAAGUGUUUCUGGAGGGUGUGUUGCAGCCGAGUCUGGAGCGGGGUCGUCUGGGAAUGCUGCAGGGUAUACUGGAGACUCUGGACCCAGGCCUGGAAGGGUGCAGCCGCUACCUCAUCGCCGCCUGCCAGCUGCUGCAGCGCCGUGGAUACUACCACACUCUCUACCAGCUGCAGCAGUUCAUGAUGGAUCAUGUUCGGGCAGCCAUGACCUGCAUCCGAUUUUUUACACAUGGGGCCAAUUCGUACCUGCAGCUGGGAGAACAGCAGCGCUGGUUGGUCAGAGCCAAGGAACACCUGAGGACGUACCUGCAGGAACAGCAAGGCCGGGGUGCGGGGAGGAAGAAGUCUGGAGUCAACUCCUUCAGGAAGAUGAUGUCCUCCAGUGACGUGUCCAGACACAUGAACACAAUUGAGCUGCAGCUAGAGGUGACCCGGUUCCUCCAUCGCUGUGAGAGUUCAGCCUCCUCCAAGGCUGCGCAGACCCUUUCGCCUUCUUCCAAGUCCUCCAGCUCUCCACCUACACUGUUUGGAGGGAGCCCCAUGAAGAUCGAAGUUGCCUGCAAGGUAAUGCUUGGAGGAAAGAACAUAGAAGAGGGCUUUGGCAUUGCAUACAGAGUCAUACAGGACUUCCAGCUGGAGGCUCAGGCGGUGUACGUCCGGGCCGGCCAGAGGCUCGUCCGACAGAGGCAGUAUGGAGCCGUACGGCAGCUGCUGAAGUGUGUGGGGGAAUCGGGCACCGCCACCAAGGACGACUGCGAUACCCUCGUCCUCAGCUGCGUCUCCAUUGCAGAUAAGGGUCCUGCAGAUGCCAAGGAGUUGGAAAGUCUCAUUCUGGAGACCAAGACCACAGAAAACAAGAUUAAGGCGUACCUGCUGUGCAGCAAGCUGCGGCCAGCGUAUCUUCUGGCGGUGAAGCUGGAGUCGAGCCGGGCCGGCCCGUUGGUGCAGGACGUCCUUCAGGCCGCUGAGGCAGCAGGGGACUCAGUGAUGCAGAAUAUCUGUCGCCAGUGGCUCUCUGAGCACAGCAAGGCCUCCCAGCAGCGUCAGGGCCGAGUCAACGCUAGGUAAACCUAACAAGGGAAUACACAGUCAGCACUUGAACUGCGAAACGGAGCUGCACAUGCAACAAUCUGGGGCUCCCAUGCACGUCUGGUAUAGGAGGAAAACUUUUAUUAAGCUCUAACAUACACAUGACUACACAUAGUAUGUAGUUACAGAGCACAUGGCUUUUCACACGUGGUGAUAUUUGUUGUGUUGAAGAAUAAUCUCCUGCAGCAGAGUGCAGUGGCCUAGCUGAGUGGUGCCAAGCUGUGAUCAGCAGAUGUCACAGUUAAAGAAUACACCAAGUUUGUGGGAGGUUUUCCCUUUGGUCAGCUUACGUCUGAUGAGAGUGAUGACAACAUCAGUUUCAUCCAUGUGUCCCUGGUAACCCUAAACCUGGCCAUAAAACGUUAAUAUUUUUACUACAUGGCCUGUGGACUAAAAACUAAAACCUGAAUUAUCCUUAAUUAAAUAAAGCUGCUGUAGCCAUGUGCAUUUUAGGGGCAUUUUGUGAUGGGUGACCAUGUAUUUACCUGACAUGUGAUUAUGCACAAAGACUCCCAUCGCCUACGGACACCAGCUCCUGUGGAAGUAGCGAAAACAGUGCUUGGUAGCUCAAAACAGACUCUUCUUUUUCUAUUAUAUUUUGUGUAAAUGUUACCAAUCUCUUGCAUAGCCAGUGUUGCCACAAAAUGGUAAAAUUAGUUGCCAUUUAGCUUGAGAGCUGCUACAUGUUCUCAUUUUUCUCAUUUUUUGAGAUAACACUAGUCGCCUGCUAUCACUCAACAUAUUCAAGUGUUGGCUCGGUGCACUGGAGCCAAACAUCUGCCAGAGACUCAUGAAUGGUUUUGGUGUCUGUGUUAAAAAUCACUUAACCAUUAAGCUGUCCAACGGGCCAGUCUGCCAAAAACAUGGUCUGGAACAAGUGUGGAAUUAUUGGAAAACUUGUAGGAAGGUUGAUGGUCACCCUGCCUGCCUUUUUUGUGCAGUCUGGCCCUUUCCUUAUAGUCAAGGAAUCACCGCUGUGCUUUAUUUCCUCUCUGGAAAUAUUUUCUCAUCUCUGUUGAUGGAGUGGGAACAGUGUUACUGCACCGGGACGGCGACCACUAAAUGUAACAGAACUGCUUAACUGCAACGUACACAGAUCCUUCUUACAUAUACAGGCAUAUCUGUAACUCAGUAUUUAUCUCAGAAUUAUUUCCUACCUCAGCCAAAAGGGAAGUUAUCUUUCGCUCAACUGGAAGGCCUCUAACAAUAUCUUGUGUUGCUUAUCUUUUACUUUUUCCUUUUUUUUAUGUCCUUCUCAGUUAUUUGUUGGGUUAAAAAUGAAAAAUUUAAUGAGCUGUGAAAUGACAAAGUCGCCGCCUGGAAAGAAAGUAAUGGUACAAACCUUUUCGGAAACUGUAGACUCUGUAUGCUAUGUUCUUGAUGAUGCUGUUUACCUGUCUGUUUUACCUGCCAUUACAUAGCAUUUCUCGACCAUAUUCUCAGCUUAUUCUCCCUUUAGGUAAGGGAAAUUCAUAUCAAAUAUCAGAUAGUAUUUCAUAUACUGAAAGGGCAUUUAUGGUAUGACAAAUUUUCCAAGAACCAAAAAAUUUCUAAGUUGGAUGCAGAAAGGGACAAGGGUGUGGACCAUGUGAGCAGCUGAGCAUUUUUUUUUUCUUUUUUUUUUUUUGGAAUCAUGAUCAGAAGAAUCAACUUUUUGGGCGCUGUUAUUGUCUCUGGAUGGAUAUGAAGCGGUGUUUGUCCACUACACUGAUGUCACUGAUAUGAAAUCAUACUUUUCACUUUGCUCUCACACAAGAUAUGACCCAAUCUAGUCUGAACUAAACUAAAUCAACUAUGUGGUAUGAGAUACACAUAGAAACAAUCAAGUGAAUCAAGUGAUGUCUCAAAAAAGGGAUUUCGUCAUUGCCACGUUGUUGUUUUUUUUAAUGUAGACUUCUGGUUUUACAUGUAAAUUUCACAAACCUACAGUCUUACAAAAAGGGUAACUCCUUACUUCACAGUGGCCUUAUUUUGGUGUAUUAACGAUCAUAGUCACAUUUUAGAAGAUGUGUAGUAACUUUUUAUGUUGGAAAAUAAUCAUCACACCAUCACAUGAUGUGUAAUAACCUGUCACCUUAGGGCUCAGGGAGGCAUGACGUUACAUUAAUUAAGAGGACAGCGAUAAAUAUCACUCAGUACUACCUAUGUCAGGUGCCUAAAUACUUUGUUUAGUAAGUAACUUCAGUUACAAUGUUACAGUGUGCUGUUAUGCUGAUUAUAACUACUUUACAUGUGAGGGAGAUUUUCAUGAAAUUAUCCAUGUUAUCAUUUGCUAAUUCUUGAGCAAUAAAGAGAUUUUUUUUCCCGAUAAUUUAAUUUAUAAACCACGACUAGAUGAUUUGAUUCAGUACUCAUAGGCAAGAUUUCAAAAUUUUAUAUCAAAUAAAUAAACAUGCAGUCAUGUGAAACUAUCCUUUUGCUUCUGAAACAUGGGAACAAAACAGACUACAGAAUUACUUGAAUAUUAUUUCUUCUUAAAAAAAAAAAAAAAAAACAUUACUUAAAAAAAGUUGCAAUUCAUAGUAUUGUUAGUUCACCACAAUGUUGUUGUUCUUAUUUUUAAUGAUGAAUGAUCUGAUGCAUUUAAUUUCAAUUCAGGCCAAAGUCAGAGCAGCUCAUUUAGCAGACUGAUGCAGUCGAAUCAGCAGAAUUUAUAAUCAAAGCAUCCAUUGAAUGAAUUAAUGAAGUUACUACGCUGGAAUAAGGUCAUUGUAAAGUGUCACCCAAAUGUUUUAUGGGUUAUACUGUGUAGUUUUUGUUAAUUUACAUGACAAUCACCCGCGUUGUUGGAGCUGCAUUUUUCAAGGACAAAAGAUCUUCAGAGGUUUCGCUGGAGUACAUCGGACACUGUGUGCAUCUCAAACCUGUCAAAUUGCUCCGUCGCCUUGUUCCCCUCAGCUGCACCAGACAGAAAACACAAGAGGUAGAAAACGUCGCGCAGAUUUCUUCCUGUACGUAGUGAGCGUCGAUGGUCAAGGGGCGAAAGGAAGCCAUGUUAGACUGUUUAGACUCACCCAUAUGACAUUCUUGCACUCUGACCCUCCUUAACUUGGACUAUUGUCUCGUCACUGCCGCACUUUAUACCUAGCGAGUUUAAAAUCAAAACUUUCUUUGGGGGAAAAAAAAUGU